AUGUCUCCUACCAUUGAAACGCAUAGAAACGACCGUCACGGUAUCAUUAAAUCCAUUAUUUCCAUUAUAGCCGGUGCUGACCGUACGUCAAUUGCGCCGAGUAAUUUCAAUUUGAUUUUACCACAAUUCAAAUCAAAAUCGACGUCACUCACAGGUAGCAAAGGCGGUCUGAUACUGACCAAAUUGGUCAUACCCCAAUGGGCGGACUUGAGGAGUUCGGUGACGCUGCACUGCAAGUUUGAUACGGGCGGCGACAGUCUGUACUCGGUGAAAUGGUACAAGGACGAUCACGAAUUCUUCCGAUACACCCCAGGACUGUCUCCACAGACGCUCGUGUUCGAUUUGGACGGCGUAAACGUAGACGAGAGUAAGUCGUCCGCCAGUGAAGUGACGCUGUAUCCGCUGACCAGGACGAGCAACGGCAAUUACAAGUGUGAAGUAUCUACGGAUGCUCCGAAUUUCCCGACAGUCGUCGAAGACGCCAAUAUGUCAGUCAUCGCGUUUCCCGACGAUGGUCCGAGGAUAGAAGGACUCCGACCAUUGUACUCCGUAGGUGAAUUUUUAGAAGCCAACUGUACAGCCAAAAUGACAUUUCCCCUAGCACAGGUCACUUGGUUCAUCAACAACUUAGAGGUGGACAGUUACCUGCUCGAGCGUUACACUCCCGAAAUAUCCGAAGGGCCGUUCUACAACUCCACGUUGGGCCUGCGGUUUCCGCUCAAAAAGGAAUGGGUGGACAUGAACAAAAAACUUAUGCACGUCAAAUGCAUCGCAAAGGUAGCCGGAGCUGAGCCCAAGACGGACGAGACGAGUGUACGGCUGCGACUCGUACCCGAUCAGACACUAUCGCAGGAGAGGCACAUUCUUAAUGCUGGUGCUGCCAUCAACAACCAUUGUGCCAUAAUAUUGAUCAUAUCUGCUGUUUAUUACUACGAAGUGUACAAUUAA